GACCCUCUUGGUGGUUGUGCCCGUUCCAUACCACGGACCGAGACCGCGAAGACGCAUCGGUCACCGCUUUGCGUUGGACCACCGAGCCCGCUUGCACAGAACGGACCGGGAGAGACACCACGGAACCACCGGACGACAGACAAGCUCUUUUUCGAGAGAUCCAUCGGUGUCCGUUUCGGAGGUUGGAACAACUCACGGCACAGCACGGCACAGCACGGCACAGCACGGCACACAACCCUCGUCUCCGGUGCAAUCGAACAAUCGGCACGAGCACCGUGGUUGACCCACGCUAGGAUGAAACGACCGAGGCCCGAGUGGAAGGAAGGCAGUGCUCCGGUUGCGAACCGGUGGCCACCAUUGGAGUCGGAUCCACCGGGGAUUCCACCGAAGUGUCGCUACAUACCAACGCCACCAACAACGCCACCACCGACGGGGCAAAGACGGCUGGCAACCAGCCCGGAGGGGAACCCGCCACCGGUGGCCGCAACCACGACCGACAAKGCGGRUGCCGCCGGGAACCAGCCCCCCCCGAAGGUUCCCACYAACGCCCGAAACGCCGCCGCYGGUGCCGCCGCCGGCGUCGUCUCGCGGACCGCCACGGCCCCCAUCGAGCGCGUCAAGCUCCUGCUGCAGCUCCAGCGGGCCCUGCCCCCCGGCAGGGGCCCACCGGGAACCGGACGGUUCGGAAGCGGACAAGCAUGGAGCGCCCGGGAGGUCUGCAAAAGCAUCUAUUCCAGCGAGGGCGGGGUCCUGGCCUUUUGGCGGGGCAACACGCCCAACGUCCUCCGCCAGGCCGGGGCCUCCGGGCUCAAUUUCAUGUUCAUGGACUGCUACAAGGCCGCGAUCGCCCCGGUCGUUGGUACCGCCCUGGCGGUGGCCGGGAGGGACCGCCCCCCCCGGCGGCGCGAGAGGGACCGGAGGGUCGCCGCCUCCUUCCUCUCGGGGGGCCUCGCCGGCGGUACCACGACGACCCUCCUGUACCCCGUGGAGUUUAUGCGCACGCGGCUCGCCCUGGACGUCGGCUCCAAGGGGACCCGGGCCUACCCGGGGGGGAUGCGGGACCUGCUGGGGGCCAUCUGGGCGAGGGACGGCGUCCGGGGGCUCUACCAGGGCUACGGGAUCGCCCUCGCCGGCGUCGUCCUCUACCGCGCCCUCCACAUGGGGGGCUACGACGCCUGCAAGACGGAGCUCCURCACCGCCGGGGGGGCGAAGGCGGUGCCACCGGAAGCCCCGGCMCGGCCGGCCUUUCCGUGGCGGAGCGCUUCGCAAUGGCCCAGGCCGUGUCGCUGUUCGCGGGAACCGCCUGCUACCCGAUCGACUCGGUCCGGAGGCGCCUCAUGAUGCAGGCGGGGGAGCCGCCCUCCGCGAGGACCUACGCCGGCGCGCUGGACGCCUUUCGAAGGAUCCUGGCCCGGGAGGGCCCCCGGGGCUUCUACCUGGGCCUGGGCCCCAACAUCGUCCGGAGCGUCGCCGGGGCGCUGCUCCUGGUCUCCUACGACGUCUUUCGGGGGUGAGCCCGGCCCGCCCUGCCAACGCGGCGCACAAACGAAGCAGCGAGCGAGCGAAGCAAACAACCGAACGAACGAACGGGUGUUCCCUGACCGCGUUUCGCCCGUUGUGGCUUGCUCCGAACGCAUCGCUUUUUGCUUUGUUCGUUGUGCUCGUUUUGGCACGGCACAUAACAYAUGCAACUACUGUACUACGGCACGUAAAUUAUAGACCAA